GAGAAUUUGUGUAUUUCUGACGUACUGUGUUGGAAAGGUUAUUUUAUUUUAUGAUUACUAUUAGUGGAAUUCGUUCCAAUUUGCGUAUUGUGAUUGUGAAAUUCAGGCUGGGCUAAGGACUAUACUAAUUUAUUUAUUUUUUGCAUUUGGGAUCAUCAGGGAUCAGUGCUUAAUGCAAUUAUCGAAUUUGUGUUGCAGUGUGGAGAAUCUCUCCGUAUGGUUCUGAUAUUGCACAUUGAAAAGAAAUUCGGUUAUAUAAUUCGAUAAUGCAGCAAGCUAAUCGGUAUAGGUCUUACUCAAUUCAAGUUGGCCAAGGACAAGGCUCGUUUCCACAAAGUUUAAGUGGAAGUGAAACCGAUGUGUCCACAUCAAAUGAAAAUCUUUCAAACGAGGAAAAGUAUGUUAUUAGACAUACACCCAGGCAGGAACCACAAGGCGAAGAAAAUCUUCAGGCUAGUAAUAGGAGCUCUUUAAGGGACAGCUUACCAUCAAAUCGCAGUUCUCUGGAUGUUUCAUCUUCUUCUUAUAACACCCUGAUUAUUCAUAGUGCUGGAGACGAACCAUGGACUGGAAGGAAUUCUGGUCCUACUUCUUCUCCACAUAGUUACCUGCAUCAACAUCAGGGUAACUUUUAUAACAAUGAUCCAAAGAUGUCUCCUGGGCAAAAAAGAAGUUCUGCAUCUCCAUCUCCAUCUAUUACUAGCACAGGUGUCCAAGAAAUUACUGAAAUACCAGAUGAUUACCUAAGCCAAUCUAGCGUUUUAAAGCACUUAGCCAAAGAAGUAAAAGCACCCUCGCCAAGUAGCACAGUCAAUCACGAAAUUAUUCACGAUCUAAUUGGUAGAUUCGACGCCGCAUCUUUCGACAUCAAUAAUCUACCGCCUACAACUGAGUAUCCUAGCAAAUGGGCAGACAAAUCUCCUUUGCAAGCAGCUAUUAAUAGCAACAAGAUAAACGACAAAUUUACAUUAUCAAAGUCUCAACCCGAUUUAACGUCGCUUGGAGUUGGAAAAACUGAUUUUACUGGUUUUCGAAGGGGAGUAUCAGCACCAAGGCCUCCAACUAAGGGCAGGGAGGAGAAUGAAUCGAAAAACGAAGAAAUCUGGCCCUCUGGGGAAAUGGUAGAGAUUCUGAUAAAAGAAAACAGUGCCUUAAAGCAUGAGCUUGAAAAUUGUUACCAGCGAGUUGAGAAAACUCAUAAGUUAGAACAAGAAAUUUAUAAAGUUCACAAGGCCCACGAAGACCUAGUUCAAUCUUGUGACAGACGAGAGAGACUAGAGCGUGCUGCCAGAGCACGAUUACAGUCAGAUUGUCGUCGUUAUCAGGAAUUGAACAGAGCUUUGAGGGAACAGGUUGAUUUGUUAUCUACACAAGUUCUCAGCCGUUCUCCAAUUCCUGAUUCUACCGGACCUGAUAGUUUGAGAAGAGAAUUGAGCAAACGAGAAGGAAUUAUUAAACAAUUAAUUAUGCAGAAUAAAGAAUUAGCUGCUGCAAAAGAUAGACAAGAAAUAGAACUUGCUGCGCAACGAGCUACUCUGCAAGAACAAAGAACUCAUAUUGACAUUUUAGAUACGGCUUUGACAAACGCACAAGGCAAUGUCGUGAGAUUAGAAGAAGAGAAUCGUAAGAAGCAAGUAUAUGUCGAACGAGUUGCUCAGCUGCAAAGGGCACUGUACUCUCUUCAGUUAGCUGGAGAUCGACGAGAAGAAACCGAACGAAAAUUACGAUUACAACUGGAAAUCGAGUUGCAAAGAGCAAAAGCUAUACAAGGUUUGGGUGAAAGAAAAGGUAGUUGGGAUAUGCCUCACGGAUCAGGAAACGAGUCAGCUUCAGAACUGAAAAGGCAACUAAGGGAAAAAGACGAAAAUCUUAUGCGCCUUGAAGGUGAAUGUGCUAAGUGGGAACAAAGAUUCUUGGAAGAAAAUGCUCUGAGGCAAGCCGCUAUUGACGCUGCAAGUAUUCCAAAAGACGCCAAGAUUGCAGCUUUGGAAAAAACUAGCCAAGAGACUGAAAAAAUAAUUGCAGAGGCUAGAAAUGAAAAAAUCAGGCACAUGGAUGAAGUGCAUGCCUCUCAAAAAAAGUUAGCAGACUUAGAAUCCAGAUUGAAAGAUCUAGAAUCAAAGUUGGCAGAGAAAGAUGCUAUGAUCAAGGUACUCCAGAAGCAUACCUACGACAAGGAUAUGUCAAUGUUGGGUAGAUCUCCCCAUCAUACUCCGCACCCUAGUUUGGGAGGUACUGACAUGGACCUUGGAUUGGGUGCGACAGUUUCCAGGGAAGAAUUAGUAAGUACCUGUUUGACAAACUCGACAGCUUAUGGAUCAGGCAAUUCCUACGCCGGAAGUGAGACUUCAUACCACCACAUGCCUUCCUAUAGCCAAUACGAGACCAACAAGAAUUAUGAUGCCACAAAACAACAGUUGGAUAAUCAAUUGAAGGAAAUUGACAGCCAACUGGAUAACCAGCUUCUGAAUAAGCGCGGCCUCUGCUGUUUUCCAGGACUCGCUAAUCCGAUCUCUGCGCAGAGAAAAGGAAAAAUACCCAAACCACUACUGGCGAGUGUGACAGGACCAGGAGAAAGACAGUACGAUGGUGGAUCGGCAACUUUCUUCACCCCCAGUCGUCAUGAGAGUGGCGAGAUGUUGUUGCUCGAAAAACAAGGGCGGGCAUCUCAACAGCAACGCAUGACUGAAACGACAAACGAUAUUAUUAAUGUUGGACAGGAUGGUCAGAAUAUUUGUCCUUCGCCCAGCUCUUUGCCUCGUCCACCACGUUCCUCUCACAGAUCUGGACUGCCACGUAGAAUGGGCGACUAUAACCGAUUUGAAAACACUGAACCUAAACGUAAAAAUUCAAAUGGUGCCGAUUCUCUUUCAUCUAACGCUAGUUCAAGACGUGACUCUCCCGCUCGCUCUUUAAUCCAACCACCCAGAAAACUAGGUGAAUAUGGACGUUUAAGUGAAAGUGGCGGUAGUUCAGCGAGUCUUAGAAAAUCUUCAACUAGAGUUAGAAGUGGAAGUGCUGGUGAAAGAGACUCGGCAUCAACUUUGAGCGAUAAUUCUGCCAGUUCUCUGCCAACUCCUUCGAAAGUACACAUGUACGGUGGUGGCUUGAGACGUGGCAAUUCGCUGGGACGUGAAGCGAAAAGCUCUGCUGAUUCUAACAAGUAUAGAAUUCAGUUUUGAGGCUUGAAAAAAGGGUGCACAAAGGUUUGAUAAUGCACUAGAUUUAAGAAGAUAAAAGUUUUGCUUUUCAAGUGUAAACAUUUUAUAUAGUAUUGUAACUUGUGCCUUAUAAUAUGUUCCCUCCAUAUCAGAAUAUGAGACUGUAUAUUUGUGCCUAACCAAUUAACAAUAAAAAAAACAUGUGUCAUUUCUUAAGAUUAACUAUCCUUAUUGACGUUAAAGCCUUAUUUAUAAACUGAGAUUUAUGGUAGAAGUAUCAUUGAAAUUCUAGCGUAGUUAUGGCUCAACAUCAUUAGAAAUCAAUCAUUUGCAAGAAUGACACUAAUAGCAUGACGAAAUUUCUUAGUUACAUUAUGAAUCCCUCACAACCAUGGCUAAUCACCAACCAGACUUACAUUGGUCAAAGUUGCUUGCUAGGACAAAUCUAUCUAAUAUCUAAGAUUUACUAAGCUGCUUUCCAUACAAUAUUUAAACCGCCUUGCACAUUGGUAAGGUAAAUUACCUAUAUUUAUUUCAAUAUUUGUUAAAAAUAUUAAAGGGCUGAUGUUUUGUGUGAUCCAGUAUUAUGCCCGUAUAAGUUUGAAAAUAGGUAGAUUUUUUUUAUCUAGCCCUAUGUAACGUUCUACACAAUCUAACAUUCUGGAAGAAAAUCUAACAUUUCAUAUUACUAUUAUUUCUUGGGACCAGAAAGAAUAUGUACUUACCUACUUACUUCCAACUUGCCCAAUGAAACUAUUAGCUUUUUAGCGUGAUGAAAACCUACUUUAUGUAUCCUGUGUUAAUUACCUAUUUAAUUAUUUUGUGGAUUUGAUUUGUAGUAAUUUGUAGACAGUUUGUUUUAUUUAUUCAGAAAAUAAAAUUUCAAAUAAAC